AGGGAAAUUACGCGCGGAAAUCCUGACAUAUUUUUUUUUACAUCGGAGUAGGUGGAUAUAGGCGCGAUUCAGUCACUACCCCUUGGAUGGGAAAGUGGAUAACCGCUUCUGAAAACUUGUUUGUGGAUGUUGGGAAUAACGUGGAUGGUUGUUGGAUUGUAACCUCGCAGCAGAAUUGGAACUAACAGUCGGCCUACUCAAUCUCGGACCGGCAGUAAGAAGCUCUCUGUAAGUGUGUGUGGGAUGUUGUGUCAGGGCUAGACCCCUUCUUCUCCCAUGAGCCUGUGGGCCCACACACACACACGGCGCCCUCACAAACACGCACGCAAUCGACGCUGACGUUGUGAAGUGGACCCUUGUAGCCAGACCGGAGCAGAACCGGAUCGAACCGGCCGUUGGGCCGGCGGAGCGGAGCCUGAUGAUGUCAACAGAGGCUGAGCUACAGCCAGCUGUCAGGCCCAGCGUCAGGAGAGACUCCAGGAGGAAAGGGCAGGAUCGGAGCGAGGCCGGGUUGAUCAGGCGGUUUAAGGGGGAUGGCGUUCGCUACAAGGCUAAACUUAUCGGUCUGGACGAGGUCACCGCUGCACGCGGAGACAAACUCUGUCAGGACUCCAUGAUGAAGCUCAAGGGUAUAGCAGCGGCAGGGCGGUCGAAAGGAGACCACAAACAGAAGGUGUUUCUAACUGUCUCCUUUGGAGGGAUCAAGAUCUUCGAUGAGAAGUCUGGGGUCCUCCAGCACCACCAUGCUGUCCAUGAGAUCUCGUACAUCGCUAAAGACAUCACGGACCACCGAGCCUUUGGCUACGUCUGUGGGAAGGAGGGAAACCACCGCUUCGUAGCUAUCAAGACCGCUCAGUCAGCAGAGCCAGUGAUCCUGGACCUUCGGGACCUGUUCCAGCUCAUCUAUCAGAUCAAACAGAGAGAGGAGAUGGAGAAGAAAGCCCAGAAGGACAAACAGUGUGAACAGGCUGUGUACCAGACUAUUCUGGAGGAAGAUUUGGAGGAUCCUGUCUACCAGAAUAUCAACCAAUUAGAGCUUUUCGGAGACAUCUCCACACUCCCGGACAUCUACUCCCCCUCUACCCCUGCCUCUCCAGCCAACACCCUGGACCCGUCUCUGGGCCUGCAGCCCCUCGCAGAACUCUUCAACCCCUUCAACCCCGCCUCUGUACCCUCAGGAUAUGUGGCGAUGGGAGCGGUACCUACAGGUCAGGUGUGGUCGCAGCAGGCUUUUUCUGCCCAGGCAGGUCCUCUGUUUGGGGUCCAGUCCCCCCUGGGUCAGUCCCUCUCUGUAGCCCAGGUCCUGCCUGGAGGCCAGCCUCUCAUCUGGGGCCAGGCCAACCUCUUCCCUGCUACACAGCAGCAGUGGGCCGCUAUGACGGGAGCAGGGUUCCCUGCUACAGCCUACCUCCCAGCCCAGCCAGGAUCUCUGCCUGCCAUGUUCCUCCCUGUCAAUCAACCCUGUGACAGCCUAUCAUCUGCCAGCGCUGCCUCUAACCCCACCCCCUCAUCAGCCUCAAGUCCACAGCAUGCAGAGAGGCAGCGGCAGAGGAUGAGCAAGGAGAUGUUUAAGGACUUCCAGCUAGCGAAGCCCCCUGCCAUGCCUGCUAAGAUGGGGGACCAGCACCCCUGUCUAGCUGGGACCUCGGAUGCCUUCAGCUCCUAUUUCAGCCGUGUGGGGACCGUCACCGAUACAUAUGACUGUGACGACUUUGACAUCUCUCAGCUCAACCUCACUCCUGUCACCUCCACCACUCCCUCCACUAACUCACCUCCGACCCCGGCCCCCAGACAGAGUUCUCCAUCUAAAUCGGCGGCGUCUCACGUUAGUGACCACAUUGACCACAUCAGUGACCCCCCCACAGACGCCACCGACCCCUCCACAGAUGACUCGUUCGGUGAAGUCGAGGGCAGCCCCAGUCGAAGUGGAGAGGAGGAUGCGGGGAAGGAUCUCUGUCUGCAGGGGAAGGAUCCUCUCUAUGCCCAGAUCAACAAAGGGAGGAAAUCAAGAGACUGAAAACUGGACUGACCUACCAAUGCUGACCAACCAACCCCAUGUGUGUGUGCAACGCACAUUCUCUUUAUCAGCCUUCACCUCGGCCUUCUUUUUACCUAGUCAUUUCACCUUCCCCUCAUCCUUGUCUUUGCUCUUCACCUUCUUCUCCUCCUUGACAAUGACUCUGGAUGCGAUGCCACCCGGCCCCUGAAGGGAGGAGAGGAGGGAGGUUCAAGCUACACACACCCUCCAGAGUGAGUUGGAGGGUGUGUGUGAUGCGGAGCUGAGGGAAGGAAGGCAGUUUGUAGGGGUGUGAGGAGGAUGCAGGACUUUAGGUUUCUCAGGGAGAGCAGAUUUGGUCCCGGGCUGCUUCAGCAGUAACACUUGGUCAUCCUGAAACUUUGCCCUCAAGGACUUGAAGUCCAGAGAGUCUUCUUCCUCUCAGACAGAGAAAAGAGGGGACGGGGGAGAGAUGGGUUGAAAACAGGUACCUCAUACCUGAAAAAGACUAAAGGAUAUUAAUUGAAUUUCAAAUCAAAGGUUAUCAUUGAGCCCACUCUACAGAUGUAGGAUCACACUGUUGCAGGAGAACUUUCCUGCAAGUGCAGGGCAUUUUAAACUUGUAGUGUAUUUGAGGUUUAAAAAGGCUUCUGAAGUUUGUGAUUUCCACUUUGAAUUUUGACUUGAUUUUUCACUCACGAAAAAUGUAUCAACACCUACAAAAAUGUAAUUAAUUAUAAUCCACAUAAUAAUUCACAUGUCCUGUUGCUGCAGCAAACUGACUCAAAUUAAGAUCUUACAUCUGUAUCUGUCUCUCUUUUCACAGUCUAAUUCAACAUGAAAUAAAACAAACUAAGUGACUGUAUCAUUAUUUUCAAGGUGGGUUGCACAACCCCCAAAGCAUCUUCCAGACACUCUGGCACCAAAACUGCCAAUAGAAACCCAUAGAAGCUUAAUUCCUUUAGGCGAGAGCCUGGGGGCAAUAGAACUAUAGGUUAUGGGCCGUGUGUGUGUGUUACUCAUCUCUAGCAGCAACCUGGCAUCCCCUCUUACAAAAGAUGGAACACUCCAUCUACCCCUUCUACUCGCCUUUCAUUCUCUCUCUCUUUCUCUCCGUCAAACAUUGCUAGAGGCUAUGCUGCCAGAGGGUGACUGGGCCAAGCGUUGUCUCCUUACCCAACACAAACACAGCGGUAUCAGACAUGGACAAAAUUAGUGUCUGUAGCAAGUGUAUCCUGGUAUGGACUGGUAUGCUGAGAUCCUUAUUUCUGAUUGGCCGGUUUAUUGGGAUCUUGGCAUCUGAUUGGCUGUUUGGGUGUUUCGCCUUUUUGUGAGUGUCUGCUGGAUCACUAUGCAGGAACAGACUCUCUGGGAGCUGCUCACACACACACUGUUUUUCCAAAUGUCUCUUCUCAGAGGGAAUGGGAAGGCUUCACAGUGAAUGGACACUGAGGCAUGGAUGUUGCCAACCUAACAGGCAUUGCCUGGCAUGAACGAACAUUGCCAAAUCGGAUAGUGCCGGACUUCGGAUGUAUGUUGCCAAACUAACUGAUUCUGUGAAUGAAUUGCUCAUUCUCUAUAAUAGCUUUUGUACAAUAUGGAUUAAAACAGACAAACAGAAAUGUUUAUUUUCUAAGUCAAUCAAGCCGCUGGAGUCCGCUCUGGAGUUAUACAGUCACAAGACUUUAGGAGCUGAUUGUCGAUUUGCCAAACUCAUUUUGUAAAUGAUAAUAACAAUGAUCAUUCUGUCCACAGACUUCUGUGCCAUAAAAUAGGCAGGCUUCAGUUAUGCAACCAGAAGGUAUCAAGCAAUACCAUCAUGUCUGUCUGUCUAGGUUUCUGUAGCUCUCUCAACCUCUGUUCUGUCUAUGAUCCUAUAAGUGUCAUUCCUUAACACAGCCCUUGUCUAUACUGCAGCCCUUUAUUAUCAAAAUCCAUGUUUAUCAAUAUCUGUUUUUAUCAACAUCCAUGUUUAUCAAUAUCUGUUUUUA